AGGGACUACUCGUCUGGUGCAAAGGAAAAGUCGGAGAAGCCGUAUUAUGUGACUACACCUAUAUUUUACGUUAAUGCCGGUACACAUUCCCCCCUCAUUUUGUGAUUUUUCAAAGUCUGCUGGCUGAGGCAAUGCGUCAGAUCCACAUAUCGGGCAUCUAUAUACCAUGGUCUUAGCCGACGUCUUGAAACGCUGGCAACUUCUCCUCGGCCGGGAAGCACUGUUGAGUACGGGUACAGACGAGCACGGAAUGAAAAUCCAGCAAGCGGCUGCAAUGGCCAAUACCCCGCCCAGGGAAUUCUGUGACAUGAUUGCUGGUACAUUCAAGGUCCCCGUCCUCCCCUUCCCCAUCACAACCCAUCACUCACCCUUAAUAGAACCUAGCAAUAGAGGCCAACGUCUCCUAUGACUUCUUCAUCCGCACCUCCUCCCCUGUUCAUGCCGAGGCGGUAGAGCACAUUUGGCAUAGGCUGCAAGACAGCGGUUACAUCUACGCCAGUAAACAUAGUGGUUGGUACUCCGUCUCGGAUGAGACUUUCUACCCAUCGAGCGGUGUAACCUCGGUAGUGGAUGCAAGAUCGGGCAGAAAACAGAAGGUCUCCAUUGAGACACAGAAAGUCGUGGAAUGGACGGAGGAGAUAAACUACCACUUUCGCCUCUCAUCCCUUGCCCCACAACUCCUUGAAUUCUACCGGGCGAAUCCGGACUGGAUCGUGCCCCACGCACGCUACAAAGAAGUCAUCGCGGCGGUGGAGAGCGGCCUUGAAGACCUCUCCAUCUCGCGCCCGCGCCACCGCCUCCACUGGGGCAUCCCAGUGCCCACAGACUCCACACAGACAAUCUACGUCUGGCUUGACGCACUGACAAACUACCUCACAAACACCGCAUACCCGACCUGGCCGCCCCCCUCAACCUCCUUCUGGCCAGCAGACACACACGUGAUAGGCAAGGACAUUCUCCGCUUCCACGCAAUCUACUGGCCCGCCUUCCUCCUCGCCCUCAACCUCCCCCUGCCGCACCGCAUCCUAACACAUGCGCACUGGACCAUGAACCACCGCAAAAUGAGCAAGAGCACCGGCAACGCCGUCAAUCCCUUCUUCGCGCUGAAUAGAUUCGGCGUCGACGCCAUGCGCUUCUACCUCCUCCACGAAGGGGGCAUCGCCGAUGACGGCGACUACGAUGUGCGCUCCGUGGUGGAGCGCUACAAGAAGGGCUGUGCGGACGGCCUGGGAAACCUGGCUGGUCGUAUACGUGGGCGCCGGCUCGAUCUAGAAAGAGCCGUUAAGCGCAGCUCUGGGCUCAACAUGUCAGAACUCCCGCCCGCAGACCAAGCGCACUACAACCUCCUACGCGAAACUCCACUCUUAGCAGCGGGCAAAAUGAAAGACUUACAUCCAAAUCUGGCAUUAAAGGAUAUCAUGAACGCGGUCUACGAAGUCUUUCCCCUUCCCCUCCCCCCUUUCAAAUUCUUUCCCCCCAAUAGUAGCUGACCCAUCCCAGACAAAUAAAUACCUCCAGCACGCCGCACCCUGGAGUAUCUCCCAUCCUGCACAGCAGGACUUACCAGUCUACCUAUCCGCUGAAGCCGUACGCAUAGCGGGGAUCCUGCUGCAGCCGUUCAUGCCCGGUAAGAUGAAGGAGUUACUAGAUGGGCUGGGCGUGCGAACGGAUAGACGCGGGUUCGGCCACGCGGCUGUGGGCGGGGAUAGGGAGUAUGGGGCUGCGGUUGUAGGGCGGGAAGAGCAUGCGGCGGAAGGGGGGAAGAGGAGGAGGAGGGGGGUCUUAUUUCCGCCGCUUGAUGAGGGGUUUGAUGAGUAGAUUGUUGGGUUGUGAGUUUGAUUGAGUGCGUGGGUGUGGGCAAGUAAUCUAUUGUGACGGAGGGCGGGUUGGUUGGCUUGUGAUCUACCCAGACUGAGCGGUCUGAAUUAGACGUAUGCACAAAAGGAUAUAUAAGACGGUGGAUACCAAUUUUGCAUCACCACAGUUGCAGCAGCCAUCACUUCAUCACCGCUUCUCACUCACAAACGCAACCUCCCCACAGAGAGGAAAGAGAAAGAGAAAGAAAAAAAACUUUAUUACCAACCACCCACCCACCCACAAAACUCCUCCCUUUAUCCAAAAAUCCACUCAACCCAAAAUACAGACAAGGUACCAACGCCACCAGAUAACCCCACCGGUAUCCAAACACAAAUCAAGUGAAUAAUCAGAUAAAAACACCCAACCGCCCAACUAACAGAUAACUCUCCUAAUCCUGCGCAUUAUGGGUGCCUCCUCUCCCACGCCUCGCCCCAUUUCCGUUCCCACCACCACCACGGCGCCCUCUUCCACCACCUCUUCCAUGCCUUAGAUUAGGCGGCGGGGGAACAGUUCUGUAGCCAUCACUGGAAGCCUGAGGCCUCUGCAAGAUCACCGGCGGGCCACCGCGCACUGGAGGAUUUUCUACUCCGCCACGGACGCCACCGCCGCGGGCUCGAGGGGAUGGGUAUCCAUUGGGAUGACUGCUAUUGCGAGGUCCCGGUGGGGGGCUGCGACUGUGGCCGUUCGGUCCAAUCCCCCUACGACC